AUGUCAGAUCUGAAAGAACCAGGAUUCAAGACUAGCGAUGUGCUCUCCACACUCGCGACCGUAUUUGAGAAAAUGCCUGAUAAGGAGAAACAAUCUCAGAUAAAGAAGACUAACGGUAUCUUCCAACUGAACGUUAAGAAUUCCGAAGGGAAAGAAGCAGUCUGGGUGAUUGACCUGAAAAAGGAUGGUACAGUCACCAAAGGACCAGCUAAGAAGCCUGACGUCUCCAUUUCUCUCAGUGAUGAUACAUUCAUCGGACUAGCCGACGGAAAGGUGAAUGCUCAAAAGGCUUUCAUGACCGGAAGUCUGAAAGUGAAGGGUAAUGUUAUGCUUGCUACAAAACUCGAUGGUGUUCUGAAAGGUGCAAAAGCCAAGCUUUAA